UAACGGUGGCCGGAACAGCAUGGCCGCCCCCGAGCUGCGCACGCCGGGCGCCACCGGGACGCACUUGGCACAGGAAGCGCUGGGCAACUCACCGGGGAAAAGGCGACCUGCUCUCGCUUCCUUCUCCGCCUUCAGCUUCGUCCCGCCCAAACGGGAAGGUCCUCCGGAGCUCAGCUAUUUCAGCCGGCCGUACAAGACAGGAGAUUUUUUCACCUAUGAUGCCAUUUUUAGAAUACCAGAAGAUUACAACCAAUAUCUUCUGCGAUGUGACAGAAAACACACAAAGGGUCGUGGCCUUAAAAUUCAUGAGGAGGAAAUGGCAAGACCUGUUCCUGUGGUGACAUCUUCAGAGUAUGGGAAGCGCAUACAUAAGCCCUUAGACCCAGCAACUGGAGAGCAUGCAAGGGUUUAUAGCCUGCAUGCAGCAAUCUACGGAGAAGGCAGCCACCCUGCUCAUUGAAAAAACCUCCAGGCCUGGAUCCACGUGAAAUCUUUUGUAUAUGUCAUCACCAGCAACAGUUAUCUGGAAAAAAAAACAAAACACUUUGAAAAACAAUUUGGUGCUUUUGCCUUUUUCUUUACAGUUUAAUUAAUGAGAAUGAUUGGGAUUAAAAGUAGGGUGAAAUAG